CUGAUCACGUGUUUUAUACUACGAGUCACUGAAGUUGGAGAUAAGUUUGACAAGUCCGAAGUAGCGCCCCGAAGAGCUGCAAAAGACCAGGAAAGGUGUCAAAUAAUCGAUAACAGCGGUUUUUUUUUACUCGGAAUUGACGAUGGAAUCCGUCGCCCAGAAAGUGCUGAGCUCGGGGUUCACUCCUGACUUGGGGCCUUUGAAGGAGCCGCUGGCAUUUAUCCGUGUGCUAGAAUGGGUGUUUGCCAUAUUUGCCUUUGCAACGACAGGAGGUUACAGCGGCACAACCAGCAUCAAUGUCCGGUGCCAGGGGCAUGACAGUCAAAUAAUACAGGCAGAGUUUAACUACCCGUUCAGGUUGAUGGACCAUCCGUAUAAUGUCCCCAGCUGCAACAAUCAGAGUACCACCACUGUUGCAUACCUGACUGGGAACCACAUGUCUUCAGCACAGUUUUUUGUCUGUAUUGGAGUGUUUGCCUUUCUCUACUGCACUGGCACACUGGUCCUCUACUUAGGUUACCAGCAUGUGUAUAGAGCAACUAGUCGUGGUCCCACUGUGGACCUGUUGGUGACUGCUGCCUUUGCUUUCCUGUGGUUGGCAUCCUCCUCUGCAUGGGCUAAAGGCUUGUCAGAUGUGAAGUGGGCCACCAGCCCUUCAACAAUUGUCACCCUUCUCAGCGUUUGUAAGGAUCCCAACAAGUGCACCCCGGGAGCUAUCCCUCACAUGGGCCGGCUAAAUGCCUCUGUGAUUUUUGGUUUUCUUAACCUCAUCCUGUGGAGCGGAAACUGCUGGUUCAUUUACAAGGAAACACCUUUCCACAAAUCAGCCAACCAGCCUACGGACGUGGAAGGGGGAGUCGGACAAUCGUAACUGCUUCCUCAUUUCAGACAGUAGUGUUUUUGAAUGAGUCAUUUUGGUACUAAUUAUUCAAAGAAAAAUGUUGUAGAUUUCAAGACUGAGGGCUUCUUUUUCCCCUGUAUUCAAUGUUUGCUUAGUGCUGUAUUAACACAAUUGCAUUUUGAAAACUACAAAAUGAGUAGUCAAAUAAAUACAGGAAACUGUAGGAGUAAAAAAAAACAAAAAAAAAACUAACUGUCCCUCAGCUCAAAUGUUACUACAGAUGUGGAAUUGAUAUUCUAGUUUGUGAUGAAUCAUAAUGAAGCAUAACUUUGUUAAACUGUUUACAGUCCAAAAUAUUUCUUUACAAAACAUAAUUCUGACAUCAUCAUCACAUUCUUAAAAAAAUACCUCAGGGCCAUGAACAAUUUAACAAAAUACCCAAUAAUAUGAGAAACGUGAAGUGAAUCUAUUAUUUACACAAAUCUAUGUCAACAAAGUCAGAAUUCAGUGGUAUCCUAAAAAAAACAUUAACGUUUAGUUACUAAAGAUGGAUGACAGUUGCUGUUAUGAGAUUAUUUAUUAGAGCUGGAAUUUUUUGACUAAUCCUUUUUUUUUGUGUGUUGCGCCUCAACAUUUCACUGUAAAGAUGAACCCACCAUUGCAGCUGAAUAAAGAUAUGCUGAAUGUGGUGGAGACAUGCAUUUAAAGCUUGUUCGCUCUAUACAUUUUAUAUGUUAACCUUUAACAUUGAAACUGUUAUAUUUGUUUCUUGUUGUUUUUUCCCUUCCUUACCCUUUUAUGUUUAUAAUGUUUAAACCAAGAAUUAUAAUACCCCAACAUAGUCCUCUAAGCCAAAUUCUACCAAAUUGUGUUGCUUUUCAAUAAAUAGUUGCUGUUACAAUUGACUGACCUUUAUCAGUUAUUGCGCCCUGCCUGGUUCGCUGUUUUUGAGCUUCAUCAAACAAUGUGUUGAUAAAAGUGUCACAGAUGAGACUGGAGUUCCUUUACGAGACCAGAAAAGAAAUGUCCAGUACUGAAAUGCUGUACAGCAUUAAAUAAAAGCAAGUACUGGA